AUGGAUGCUGCUGUUGCUGAGAAUAUCGGACUACGAGGACCGAUUGCACCCGUAACGUACAGAUGGACGAACGGAAUAUUGCACAAGGAGGAGCAAUCGAUGCUGCUUUCAUUCCGUAUAUCUGGACCAUCGGAACAAGCGAAGUGGUACGAAGUGAAGAAUAUUCAAACGGUUAACAAUAUAGCUUUACCUCCGCUGAAAUUCGACAUGGCAAAAGUAAAACGAAUGUAUCCAAUGCUGGAUGAGGACAAAUUAGCUGCAAUUCAAGGUGCUCGUCCCUGUAUGCUGAUUGGGUCGAACAACGCGGGUCUGAUCGUACCUCUGAAGACUGUGCAAUACUCGCUCAACGGUUUACAGUUGACACGAUGCCACCUGGGAUGGACUGUACAUGGAGUAAUUGACUCUGCCGUUGCUGGAUCGGGCGGUCAACAUGCGUUGCUGUGUACCGAUAACGAUGACAUCGAGCUUACAGACCUGGUGAAGCAGAUGUAUAAGGUAGAAGACUUUGGUAUCUCUGGUCAGUCGACGGUAAUGGCUGAUGAAGAUCAACGUGCACUAGAUAUCAUGAAUCGCACAAUCACACGCCGAGGGGAACGCUUCGAGGUAGGGCAGAUUUACAGAUACAACAAUUUCGUCUUCCCGGAUAGUAAACCUCUAGCUCUGCGCCGGCUUCAAACCAUUGAGAAGAAGAUGGACUCGAACCCUGAAUUUGCAGAAAAAUACUGUAGCAAGAUUCAAGACUACCUCGAUAAGGGUUAUGCCAGGAAACUCGAGCCUGAAGAACUGUCAGAAAAAUCUAACACCUGGUAUCUGCCUCACUUCAGCGUGGUGAGUGGAGAGAAGUUUCGUUUGGUCAUGGACGCGAAAGCAAAGUCGCAUGGAUUCUCUUUGAACGAUCUGCUCUUGAAGGGUCCGGAUUUCGUUCCUCCGCUGAUUGCAAUCUUGGUACGAGCAAGGAUGAAGAAGAUCGCUUUCGUAGCUGACAUCCGGGAAAUGUUUCACCAAGUGCGCAUCCGUCCUGAAGAUCAAAAUUCCCAACGUUUUCUAUGGCGUGGUAUGAACCGCACGCUUCCACCAGAUGUAUACGUGAUGAAGGUUAUGAUAUUUGGCGCGGUUUCGUCCCCAUCGAUGGCACAAUUCAUAAAGAAUUUCAAUGCAAAGGAACUGGAAGAAAAGCAUCCUGGCGUCGAACGAGCAGUUGUUAAACAACAUUAUGUCGACGAUUAUUUCGACUGCGCUGACACUGAAGAAGCGGCAAUCGAACUGAUCCAACGCGUGAUAAAUGUUCACGAGCAAGGCGGAUUCAAGCUGGCGAAGUUCUCUUCGAAUUCCAAAACUGUGAUCGACUCGCUUGAUCCUGAAAUUGUGGCCGGCUGUAGAGAAGGUGAGGUUCGCGUUCUCGGAAUUAGAUGGGAUCUGCAGUCCGAUGAAUUUGUUUUUCCAUUGACUUUUUCAAACCUGGAUGAGCGCUUCCAAAGUGGCGAAGCCAUUCCAACAAAACGGCAGCUGUUGAGGUUCAUGAUGAGUAUCUUUGACCCACUUAGUUUUCUCAGUCCAAUAACAAUACAACUGAAGAUUAUCUUCCAAGAGCUGUGGCGGUUGCAAUCCGGUUGGGACGAUGAAAUUCCCGACGGACUGGUUCCCAGAUGGACGGAUUGGUUGGUCGAAACUAGGAAGUUAAACGAAAUUCGUUUCUCAAGGUACUAUUACCCUGCGGUUUCAUCUUUUUCCAAUGUGGAAUUACAUGCCUUCUGUGAUGCGAGUGACAAGGCGUUUGCUUGCGUGGUAUAUAUGGUUCAUCGUAGUCAAGGUAAAGUUCACGUGGCCCUGGUAUAUGCCAAGUCAAGAGUGGCACCCCUAAAGUCACAAACUGUACCACGUCUGGAACUACAAGGAUGUGUUCUCGCAAGUCAGAUGGUGAGCGUACUACAAACGGAGAUGAUGGUGGAUAUUACCAGGGUGUACUUCUGGACCGACUCUAAGAUCUGCUUGAGUUGGCUGAAGACAGGUCAAAAACUGACCGCGUACGUUGGCGCACGUGUGAUGCGGAUUAAAGAAAAUGGACACGGAACCGAUUUGUGGCGCUGGGUUCCAUCACAGCUGAAUGUGGCUGAUUUGGCCACGAAAUGUUCAAAGUUUGGCAAUAUGCAUGAGUGGUUGCGAGGUCCAGACUUCCUUCAUCGCGACAGUAUGUACUGGCCUACUGAGGAACCAUUGGCGAUGUCUACUGCAGAGCUGGUAAAUUUUCAAUCUGAAAUCAUCGUCGAUAGUAGCACCAAUCUGUUGUGUUACACUGUACACGAAGAAGCAUCGAUUGAGCUGCCCGACAUUUCAAGGUUCUCAGAUUUCAAUAGGUUGAUCAGAUCAACCGCAUACUACCUGAAAAUGAGAAAACUGUUAGUAUUGCCAAGAUCCGAGAAACCUGAUCGUUUGACGUUAUCUGUUCAAGAAAUAUCCGACGCUAGAAAUAAUUGGUACAAGAAAGUACAAGCUGAAGUCUUUGGGUCAGAGCUGUUUAAUCUGAAGAAGACAGGAUAUGUGAAAGCUAACAGCCGAUUAAGAACGUAUUCUCCAUUUCUCCACAAUGGAAUCAUCCGCAUGCGAGGUCGUGUUCAAGAUAACAACCAGUCGUUCGAAGUAAACAACCCCGUGAUUCUACCUGACAAUCAUCCGUUUUCAACAUUGAUCAUUCGUAUGUAUCACAUCGCGAACGCGCAUCAGGGGUUGGAGGCUGUCAUCAAUAACGUCAAGGAACGCCACCGUAUACUGAAGAUCCGUUCGCAAGUAAAGAAGUAUGUACUGUCUUGUGUGAGGUGUCGAGAACUGAGAGCGAAACCAACUGUUCCACAAAUGGGAAAUCUACCACCGGAAAGAACGACUCCGUUCGCGUAUCCGUUCACCUGUACCGGAAUCGAUUAUUUCGGACCGCUAUCUGUGAAGGUCGGCCGUCAUCUAGAGAAGAGAUGGAUAGUGCUGUUUACCUGUAUGACAUCAAGAGCAGUACACCUGGAGAUUGUGCCGUCACUCGAUACGAAUAGCUGUUUAAUGGCCAUACGAUGUUUUAUGGCUAUCCGUGGUCUACCGCAGUUCAUCAUGACCGAUAAUGGGACUAACUUCAUCGGUGCUGACCAAGAGUUGAAGACACUGGUUAAAACACUCGAUCAGCCGCAGAUCGAAAGUUCCUUGAGCGUUAGGGGUGUGCAGUGGAAAUUUAUACCGCCUGGCGCUCCGCAUUUCGGAGGUUGCUGGGAGCGACUAGUGCGUUCAAUCAAAACCGCUCUUCGUGCGAUGCUGCGGGAACAACACCCUACGGAUUUAGUGCUUCGAACAGCAUUGUGCGAAGCAAUGAAUAUUGUCAAUAAUCGACCGCUAACGCACGUUGCCGAUGACCCCCUGGAUCCGGAACCGUUAACGCCAAACAUGUUACUACUGGGACGUAACAAUAUAAUUCAGUUUGAUCACGAUUUUGACGAAAGGGAUCUGAACUGUCGUGCUGCCUACAAACAUUCGCAGAUAUUUGCUGACCGUUUCUGGCGCAGAUGGGUAGCUGCAUACCGUCCGGAGCUCAUCCGGAGUCGCAAGUGGCCCGACAACAGAUUGUAUCACGAAUACAAAGUUGGCGACCUUGUGAUGAUUGUGGACGAAUCAUUACAUCGUGGCAAUUGGCCAAAGGGUGUAGUGGAAAAAAUCUAUCGUGGACCAGAUGGAAAUAUAAGAACUAUUGAAAUCAAAACUUCCAAAUCAACCUAUAAGCGACCUAUCAGCAAAAUCGUGUUGCUUGAAGCCAUCACCUCGGUUCCUGGGCCGGAGAAUGUUGCCAACACUGCAGCAGCGAGAACAUCUGUGACGUCAUAG